AAAGAAAUCUUUCAAUAUGAGUCAUCGUUGUUACUUGUUUUGUUAUUCCUGCGAUGUUAACCAACUUUCCGGAAAAAAACCUUCAAAGAAUUCUCAUGAACCAUCUUCUUCCUUACCCCUUUUAAACAUUAGCUCUUCCUUAGGCAUUCGACAUGAUGUUUGGUAUAUACCAUCUUCAAAUAAUUUACCACAACAUUACCGUAGAGGAGUAAGAGAGGAAACAAUAUUGAAACAUGUAUUUCUCACCUCUUCAGUUGUCAUGUCCUACAACGACAAAUUCUACUUUGAAAUUUCAAAACUGUUUGGGGAUUGGAAAUUAGAGUUUGAAGUUGUACGUGACUAUUUAGUGAAAUGUAUAAUGAGUGAGGUGCUUAAUAUCGCUGAGUCUAAUAAUGGUCAUUGCGGAGUGUUGGAGUUAUCUGUAGAUGUAAAAUUGGUAUCCCGUCAUGUUAUUGAGGAAAGGAUUUUGUUUCCAUCACAACAAUAUGGUAUGGUGCCAGCUAGUAAGUCAUCUAUGCAGUCGUUAUUAAAGAAGACGGAGAUUGAUGAAAAAAAUAGCCAAUGUAUGGUGUGUCUAGAAGAGCUUGCGAAGAAGGAAGCAGAUCAUGAGAUACUUAGCAUGCCUUGUUCUCAUAUGUUUCAUGAAGAGUGUAUCACCAAGUGGUUACAGACCAGCCAUUAUUGCCCUAUUUGUCGCUUUGAGAUGCCCUCAUAA